UGCCCAUGUGAGAAUUUCUUGAAAAGAUUGUGUGAUUUUGAUGUUUUUCUCAUUCUUAAAAUUUAAUUUCAGCUGGGUAUUUGAGUUCUUGUAGUUUUAUUGCUUUUCUUGAAUUAAAGUUGAAAUCUUUACCUUUUGCUGAAUUUUUGCCCUUGUUUAUGUAUAUGGGGUUUUGAUCAGUUGGGUUGGUUUGGCUGCCCAGGGUUUGUUAAGUUCGAAAGUUUUCUUUGGAUGGGAAGAGAGCAGGACACUGUAUAAUACUUAAUAUCUAAUCAACAUGUUCUCGAGAUUCUGGAGAAGGAGACUUACAACUGAUAGUAUGGGGUAUGCCUUAAGUAGAUUGGAGCUUGAUUCAGAUUGUUCUAAUAGUGGUGCAUCAAACUUGGUUGAUGAGAAUUUUUCUCCCAACAAACCUGUGAAUGUUCUGGACCAUGAAGUUGCUCAACUAACGAAGCUUAAUUCAGCACCUCAUGAUCAUUCAGGCGACAUUAUUCCCGGAAAGCGCGGAUCUUCAGUCAAUACUGUGAAGAUGCUAGCUGGUCGAGAAUGUAAUUAUUCAAGAAGGGGAAGGUUUUCAUCAGCAGAUCGUUGUCAUGUUCUUAAUAAAUAUCUACCAGGAAAUUGUCCAUCUCUAGUAGACCGAAUGACAACCCGGGCUUAUGUCUCACAAUUCUCUACUGAUGGUUCCCUUUGUGUAGUUGCAUUUCAGGGAAGCCACAUUAAAGUUUACAAUAUAGACAGAGGGUGGAGAGUUCAUAAGAACAUUAUAACGAAAAGCUUGCGAUGGACAGUAACUGAUACAUCUUUUUCGCCGGAUCAAAGACAUCUUGUUUAUGCUACUAUGUCUCCCAUUGUUCAUAUUGUUAAUAUAACAUCUGGUGCAACGGAUUCUCGGGCAAAUAUAACAGAGAUCCAUGAUGGUCUUGAAUUUUCCAGGGAUGAUGGUGAAGGAUAUUCGUUUGGGAUAUUUUCUGUGAAAUUUUCUACUGAUGGACAAGAACUUGUUGCUGGAAGCAGUGAUGAUGCAAUUUAUGUUUAUGAUCUUGUAGCAAAUAAGCUUUCUCUUCGAAUUGAUGCACACACGUCUGAUGUGAACACCGUAUCUUUUGCUGAUGAAAGCGGGAAUCUUAUAUACUCUGGGAGUGAUGAUAAUUCUUGCAAGGUUUGGGACAGGCGCUGUUUUAAACCAAAAGGAAAGCCAGCUGGGAUCCUCAUAGGACAUUUAGAAGGUGUUACAUAUCUGGAUAGCCGGGGAGAUGGACGAUAUUUAAUUUCAAAUGGUAAAGAUCAGACCAUCAAACUCUGGGACAUCCGAAGAAUGUCUUCGAGUAGUAAUUGCAAGCCUGUAUUAAGGAAAUAUGACUGGGAUUACCGAUGGAUGGACUACCCGUGUCCAACAAGGAAUUUCACACACCCAAAUGAUCAGUCGGUGGCAACGUACAGAGGUCAUGCAGUGUUGCGCACACUCAUUCGUUGCUACUUCUCACCAGCUCAUAGCACUGGCCAGAAGUACAUCUACACAGGAUCUCAUGAUUCUUGCGUUUAUAUAUAUGAUGUGGUGAGUGGAACUCAAGUUGCAAAACUCAAGCACCAUAAAUCAACUGUAAGAGAUUGUAACUGGCAUCCUUAUUAUCCAAUGCUUGUUAGCUCAGGCUGGGAUGGGGAUGUUGUUAAAUGGGAGCCUGGGAAUGAAGAAGCUCCAGCUCCUUCAGUUAAGGGAAGAAUCGACAGGAGAGAGGUAUGAGAUAUGUGAUUAUAUUCCUCCACUGGGGAAAAGCUGAUCAACUAAUAGGAGAGGUUAAUGCAGUUUUUACAUCUUACAGUAUAUGCAAUCUCACUUGUAAUAUAAAAAAUGCUGGGACUCACCUAUGUGCAUUUUAAUAUGUAACGACAAUUUUCACAGUAAAUUGUACAUAAAUAAGUACCUACAGACUUACAGCGACUUUUGCAGUCCUUUUACAUAUAGUUCGUUACUUCUCAUUA